GCUGCCGGUCGGCGGGAUGCCCACGAAAUCUCUCCAGUCAACGAAAAGACGCGAGAGGAGCACCCCUCCCAAUCAUUUCGUUCUCACCCUCCCCUUUCUGGUGAAAAUAAUCCACUCACUCGUUCACAUCAAUAUAUACAUUACGUGUAUAUUUGAGCUACAUCAUGUCUACGUGUUUUAGCUUUGAUUUGAAUUGCUUUGCACCAGUCAGCUAAAAAACUGUCAAACAAGUCGCAUAAGGGAAGUGGUCUAUUAAAGAAACAGUAAUGGAAACCAAAGGAUAUAUUGACUACCCUGAAGUAAUGAAUAUCGGAAGACAGUGGAGCCUAAACAAAUCGACCUUGAACGUUGGAAAAGAUCAGGUUGAUAGCUGUGACAGCAAGGCAAUGACUGUCCUCAAUGUUAGUUGCAUACCUCCAGUUGUGAAGAAUGCUGAUGGAGAAAGGAGUCAGGAGGUCUCUCCAGUUCUUCAGCAUCAGCCUCAUUAUCAUGUGCAACACCAAGAUCAGCACCUUGGUUUUUUUGCUUCAGAUCCAAAGUGCAACCUAGGACCUGCUAAAGAACUGUCAAAAACUGUUGCUGAGUCUAUGGGUUUGUAUAUGAAUUCUGCAAAAGAAAUGGGUGGUGAGUUUAACUACAGCAUACAACCUGAACAAAUGGAGGGAAGGUCUAGCAAUAUUGCAGAAAUUGGUGGACACGAACUGAACCUUCAGGAGGAGAAGGUUAAUGCUAUCUUAUUACAGCGAGGGAUGAGACGAUGUUCCACUUCCUCCAGCCCUGGAAGAAAUAGUCAGGGUUCAUGCAUCUCUAGUCCUGUAAACUUUAAUAACUUAGGGUCUUCAGUGUCAAGUCCUAUUAAUAUUAACUCUUGUGUCUCUAAUCCUGCUAAAAUAAAUUACUUAUCUCUAUCUAGUCCUGAUACUGUUAGCAAUCUGGGAUCUUCCAUCUCUAGCCCUGAUAAUAUCAAUAAUUUUAGUACUUCUACCACUAGCCCAAGUGAUGUUCAUUGUGCUGUCUCCAGUUCUAUUAAGAUGAAUAGUGUCAGCAUAUCUAGUCCUAGUAAUAUGAACAGUUUGGGCACUUCCAUCUCCAGUCCUGCCAAUAUCAGUAACCUGCAUUCUUCAGUCUCCAGUCCCAAUAACAUGAACUCUCCUCUUUCUACUCCUAAUAAUCUUGCUUCUCCUCUUUCUGUAUCUACUAAUACUAACGUUUUGUCUAGCCCUAACAAUAACAACGUGGCCUCUUCUGUCUCCAGCCCCGCUGUAAAUAAUCUGCGCUAUUCCAAUUCUAGCCCUGUUGCUGAGCCAAGAAUGAUCCUCAAUCCCGACCAGAACUCGAGAGCAAGAAAUCAAAAGCAUGAGGCACCUAAAGUAUUUAAGGAUGAGAAAAUAAAAGAUGAAUGCUUAGACCCAGGACCAAUUAACAAUGUUAAUACUGCCCAGUUUAUGAAAACAGAAGUAGACAGUGAUUUUGGUGGGGCAUGUUUUCUAAGUAGAGGUAGUUCAGACUUACCUAAUUCAAUGUUUUCAAUGCCUCUAAAAUGUGAGAUGAAUGAAACCACUUGUCUGAACACAAUGUAUACUGGUCAAGUUUCAGAAAACCCCUGUUCAGAAAUUGCACAUCAGUUGAUUGAUGCAAAGGCAAGUUUUGGAGACACCUUUGACCUAUAUGGGGUUUUGGGGAUCCCCACAUCCGCCUCUAACUCUAGUUAUGAACAUGAUACAUUUUUGCAACCCAACCUGACAACAGUGAUCAAACAGGAGCCAAAUGACAAAGGUUAUUGCCAAGCCAACUGUUCACUUCCAUCCACCAUCAUCGGUGUUAAUUCAACUGGACAAUCAUUUCAUUACCGAAUUGGAGCCACUGGCACAAUUUCUGUGCCUUGCCCUUUUAUGAGAGAACAGCGAAAUCAGCUUUUGAAUUUAAUUACUCCUGUAUGCACUGUACUUGGAUCUUGGAAAUCGCACCCUGUCACGCCACAGAGUUCCAUCUCUCCUGGGAGAAAUGAUGGCUACCAACUGCAAGGAUACAUUCCUGAGAAAAUGUCACGCUGCUACAUGUCUCUCUAUUUUACAGGAAACGUAUUUGAGGUAAUCAUCCAGAUUUAAACUAAAUAAAUCAUAAAAAUACCUCAAAUUGAUUUCCAUUUUAAUAUAAGAAACAGUAUUAUGUAAGUAUAUACAGUUGUUUCUGUAAUAGAUAUAUCUCCUUAUAUUUGGAGCAGCAUUACAUGAGUGUCUAAUUUACUAUGUUUAAAAAUAUUCUGCUAACUCAAUAUAAUGGUGCGUUGGCACUUGUUUAUCAUGACCGCUCCAUUUGAAUGAAACAAUUACUUGUGUCGUAGAAUGGACAGUUUACCUUUCUGCCAAGGCAUCCACAAUUAACAAGUAUAGUAACGUUGACUUAAUGUGCUACACAAGUUCAUUUUUUUUUACUGUUUUAUGUGAUGACUUGUUUGACAUAGCAGCUGACGGACAUCUUUGGUGAUAGGGUAUUUGAAUUAAGUUGCAUUUCAAGUUAUAAUCUUAAGAUGUUUUACUGUUAUUUUUAGACAUUUUUAUUCAGUUAAUCCACAGAAAAAUAUUUCCCUAAGCUCUAAAUAUUCAAUUCUACGUAAUUCUGUUUUUUAAAAAAUGUAUGUUUGUAUUUGAUAAUAGUUUGUAAUUUUGCAAGUUACUAUUAAAAACAAGUAAUGUCCAUGUGCCUCUGGGUCAAAAUUACACCAGAAGUAAAGUGCAAAGUAUUCAAGAAUUCUGCUAAGUUCUUGACAACAAAAUAAUAUCAAAUAUUGUCCUUUGAAAAGUUGCAAUUUCACUUUUUAAAAUAUUUUAUGUUUGUAUUAGCAGUAUUGCCACUGAUGAAAUAUUUUGGCUGCUUCCCCAGCAGUUUGGGUCAAAACU